AUGUACAUUUCCUUAUAUCAUAAUGACCUUUGUGCCUUCUAUAUUGAAGGUCAAUUAUUCUGUUCAGCCACAUACGGCAUGAAUCCACCAGUAAUAGUACAACCCAGAGCAGUGGCAACAGCUUCGCUCAUAUUUCUGCAUGGUCUGGGAGACUCUGGCCAUGGAUGGGCCGACAGUUUCCGAGCUCUAGCACUGAAACACAUUCGAUGUAUCUGUCCCCACGCUGUGUACACACGGAUAACAUUGAACUGUGCCACAGCUGUCAGUGUGUUCGACAUCCUAGGUCUACAUCCCAGCAGCCCUGAGGAUGAUCAAGGCAUCCAGGAAAGCUCCAAGGAGUUACAGCAGCUAGUCCACAAAGAGGUCAGUGGAGGUAUCCCAGCAGAGAAGAUAGUCAUUGGUGGCUUCUCUCAAGGGGGCGCCCUGGCCUUGUACACAGCCUUGGCCACAGACACCCCCGUGGGUGGGGUGCUGGGUCUCAGCACCUGGCUGCCCUUGAACAAGUACUUUACAGAGGACACGAAUCCUAAAUACAACACAAAUGUACCAGUGUUGCUGUGUCACGGAGAGGCGGACCCUAUGGUGUCCUUCCGCUGGGGUCAGGCUACGUAUGAGAUUGUCCGCUCCUUUAAUCCCAACACACAGUUCAAGUCCUACAGCAAUCUGAGUCAUAGUUCAUGCAGUCAGGAGAUGCGCGAUGUCAAGCUGUUUCUAGAGGAAGUGCUGAAACAGUGA